AUGAGACACUUGAACCGGGUAAAUGAGAUGAAGAGGUAACAGGAGACAGAUCCACUCAGGAUAUUUUGGAUUUAUAGUGUUUUUACCACAGCAACAGAAGCAGCCGCUCAGCUCCCACACACAGGUGAACUCUGACUGCCUGAGGAUGGCGCUGUCUGCUGCCUGUCUGUCCGAGGAUCAGUUCACCUGCUCCAUCUGUCUGGAGGUGUUCAACGACCCGGUGUCCACGCCGUGCGGCCACAGCUUCUGCCAGUCCUGCCUCUGCUGCUACUGGGACGCAGGGAUAGGGGGAGGGGCGGGGGGACGGGGCGCCAAGCCGUACCAGUGUCCCCUCUGCAAGGAGUCUUUCCGCAAACGCCCCGAGCUCCACAUCAACCGAACGCUGAAGGAAAUCACUGAGCAGUUCAAGGAAAUGGCCAAAUCUCCAGUGGCCCCAGACGGGAGCCCUGGAGGAGUGGAGCACCUCAGCCUGCACCCCGCCCCGGCCCUGGCUACCCCGAGGCCGGGGGAGCUGCCGGGGGACCUCAUCGCUGAGAUGCAGAGCCGUUUUCACCACCUGAUGGCUCCCGGUGUGCCGCAAGCUGGCGUCUCCCAUCCCGGCGUCCAUCCUGGCGCCAAAGUUCCCCCGGCCUUUCCGGCUCCGGACCAUGUGCAGCACGUCCCCCCACCACCGUACUCACCGCCGUACUCCACCCUCAGCAGGUACAGCCUCCCCGAUGACUCCCCAGCUCUGCCUCCGUGUCCCAUUCACCUGAGAGGUUUGGAGUUCUUCUGUCGCACCGACAGCGUUUGUGUCUGCAGCAUCUGUGUGGAGGCGGCGGAGCACCGGGGGCACGCCAUCGUUCCUGCCCACCGGGAGUGGAACAUCAAGAAGUCCCAGUUAGGUAUUGCAGAGGUGGAACUGAAGGAUCUCAUCUGUGAGAGAGAGAGGAAGGUGGAGGAGCUACAGUGCUCCAUUCGAGAGAUAAAGGCUGCUGCUGAGAGAGAAACAGACGGAGUUGUUCGUGCUUUUUCCAAACUAAUCUCCAGUGUGGAGCGCUGCCAGGCGCAAAUCUUGGAGAUGAUAAAGAUGUCUCUUCAAGCAGCAGAGCACAGAGGUCAGAGUUUGCUGAACGAGCUGAACGACGAAUUAGCUGUACUUAAAAACAGGAGUACAACUCUGAACCAGCUGACUGCAUCUGAAGACUACGUACUUUUUCUCAAGAUGUUUCCUGCUCUGCCAACACUUCCACAAGCAAAGGACUGGUCUGGUGUCUCUGUGUCAUCCCAGCUGACCUCGGGCGUUAUUCUUCCAACUGUCAAUCAAAUGACGGAGCGGCUUCAGGAAGAAAUGCAGAAACUGCCUGAAAUCUGCAAGCAGUCCUUGGCCCCGUCGGCCCACAGGCCCCACCCAAAGGCUAAGAGGGUGCAGGAGUAUGCAACCGACAUAACUCUAGACUUCAGGACGGCCCACCCUCGUCUCGUCGUCUCAGCCGACGGAAAGCAGGUUCGCUGUAGCGACCGUCACCAGGCUGUGCAGGACCACCCGGAGCGGUUUAACCGGGUGGUGUGUGUGCUGGCCCACCAGGGCUUCAGCUCGGGACGCCAUUACUGGGAGGUGGAAGUUGGAGAAAAGAGUGAUUGGGACCUGGGAGUGGCAAGCUGGUCCGUUAAUCGAAAGGGCAAAAUCAACGCAAGCCCAGCUCACGGUUUCUGGUUCCUAAGUCUGCGGGAUAGAACCAAUUACAGCGUCCGAAGAGAACCCACAACCAACCUGACGGUCAACGCCAGACCCUCCCGCAUCGGAAUCUACGUGGACUGUGACAAGGGACUGGUGUCCUUCUACAAUGUGGAGGCCAGAAAGCUCAUCUACACAUUCACGGAUCGUUUUUCUGACACCAUCCAUCCAUUCUUCAGCCCCUGUACAAAUAAAUCUGGAGAGAAUGAGGCUCCAUUAGUCAUAUGCCCUGUUGCAGAAACAGAAUGAAAUGAGUUAACUUUCCCACAUAUAUCAAACUUCUGCAUAUGAUUUAUGUUAUGUUUUGUUAUUGUCUUAUUUCAUUGCGGGUCAGUCAACAACAGUUAUCUUGGGAUACUGAAGCCGGUGGUACUGUUGAUGUGUUUAUUUUAUCAUCUGGUGUAAUUAUUGAACAUUAUGUCAGUAGUACUCUGUAUUUCAGUUGUAACAGGGGCCACGGCUACAUGAUGUUUUUUAAUUCGAAAUUAAUUAUUCCGAAUUAAAUAAUUCCGAAUUAAACUAUUUUCCUCCGAGUUUACAUGGAAAUAGUAAUUCUGAAUGGAGGUUUACAUGGAAAACACGUUUGAUGGUCUUCCUCCAAUUCCUCUCCAGGUCUGGGGGUUGGGAAGGUUCUGAUUGGAUAGGGGGGGGACCGGAAGUUAAACUACCGGAAGAAAAACUAACUUAGCCGCUACAACUUUGAAAAGCUCAUAAUUUUGAUGUUUCCUGUUUCCAUCUGUUCUCUUAAUUAUUUCCAG